AUGAACGCCACUACGCUGAUGCUCAUCGUCCUCGCGAUUGCCUCCCUCCUAUCAUGGAUUGUCCGAUAUCGCUUCCUCAAUAUGUAUGCUCGACUGCCAUCCGAACCUCAAAGGAAAGAGCCUCAGCUCGACCUCUUCCCCGAUACGCAAGAAGGCGACUCGAAGCCUGGGCUGGCAAAUUAUCUCGAUGAGUUUCUGAGCGCGAUCAAAGUGUUUGGGUAUCUCGAACGUCCUGUCUUCCACGAACUUACGCGUACAAUGCAGACGAGAAAGCUGAUUGCUGGAGAAACCUUGCUGCUUGAGGAAGAGAAAGGAUUCUGCCUGGUAGUAGAUGGUAUGGUUCAGAUAUUUGUCAAAUCGAACAGAGAAGAGCAUGAUGGAUACUCGGGACAUCGCAAGCGAGGGAGCUUUUAUGACGGUGAGGAGGAGCAUCUUCAAGGCGGACGUCAAGGCUACCAGCUGCUCACGGAAGUGAAAAAUGGAGCACCCAUGUCCUCGCUCUUCUCAAUACUCUCAUUGUUUACUGAGAAUGUUAAGCUGCGGCACUUUGAUGACCAUGAACCAAGACCUUCCUCAGCCACUUCCAGCACAGGUUUCCCAUCAACUCCUCUUUCUACUCACGGCAGCCCAAAGGUCAACGGCGAAACAAUCAAUCUUAAAAUGGAACCUAUUCGUAGCCGAACUACUUCGACUACUGCAGCCAAUGGUGAUUUGCCGUCAGUACCACCACUGUCUCUUGAUCCUGAAUCUCGUUCCUAUCGAGGCCGGCGCUCAGAUCACGACCGGCCCAAGCCCCUCCAGCGUUCAAGCACAAAGUCUGCUCAUCCAGAUAUUGUGGCACGCGCGACUAGAGACACCACCAUUGCCAUUAUACCUGCCACGGCUUUUCAUAGACUCACUAGGGUUUAUCCAAAGGCAACGGCACAUAUCGUACAGGUGAUAUUGACUCGCCUUCAGCGCGUGACCCUUGCAACAGCCCAUCAAUAUCUCGGCCUUACUUCAGAGGUGUUACGUACUGAAAAAUACAUGAACGAAUACACCACGUACGAUCUACCAAAUCACCUAAGAGGAGCUGCUCUAGAUAGGUUGAAAGACAAGUUUGCAAAAGACAAAGAGCGUGUCUCGUCCACUGAAGAAAGCAUGGAGGGCAUCGCUUUGCACAAUCCGGGCGCAUUGACAAGGAAGCGCUCUACCUCAAGUCUCCGUAAGGCACUGAGUGGACAGACCAAAAUCUCAAGCAACCGUAACAGCUCUCCAAUGCCUGGCGCGCAACAAGCCACACGUCCCAGUCAUGAACCUGGCGUCAGCGCGGGUGAUCUACUUACAAAUAUCCAGAUUUCCAGGUUUGGGUCGAAGGCCCCUAAUGGCAACAACUUCAGGCCAGUAUCACCACCAGGAGCGGAAAGUUCCUCAAGUCCUCUGGGACGACGGGAGAGACCACACAUCAAGCCCGCGCUAGAGCCUGACAGAAUGCAAGCCCAGCGGCAAGAGUCAAAUGACGAUGAUGACGUCUUUCGACAAUCCAUCCUUGAAUGCAUAUUGAAGGCUGUUGGACUGACUGAUUCCAAAAAUGGCAUCAGACGACCAGUCGAGUCAGUCCAGCAAUCACCACGGAUGUUUUCAUAUGACAUAGAUCGGCAGAAAGCAGCUUUUUCCAACGCAUUCGGCUUCAUUGAUCCUUAUGAAGGCUCAGCGGAUGGAGACUCUGAGUCAACCCACUCAUUGGGAAAUACGCCCCUCAAUUUGCAAGAUCUCUGCCACGGAUUACGUGACGAGCUUGAAAUCGUCUACUUCCCUCAAGACGCCGUCUUGGUCGAACAAGGCGAACGAAAUCCAGGCUUGUACUAUGUGAUUGAUGGGUUUCUGGAUGUGAGUAUCCCAACUGAUGCAGCUACGGAUGAUAUGACUUUGAUGAACGGUUUCCUCAAUAACGCGGAUAACGACAACCUUCCUCCGCUACAGAGAGUUGCCACGAAUGCGAGCGCGAGAUCAACAGGCAAGCCAAAGAAACGCCAGUCCCGCAAAAGCCUCUUCAUGAUCAAACCUGGAGGUCUGGCUGGGUAUGUGGGCACUGUUUCCUCCUAUCGCUCGUUUGUCGAUGUCCGCGCAAAGACGGAUGUCUAUGUCGGCUUUCUACCUCGAGCGUCUCUAGAGCUCUUGGUAGAAAAAUAUCCUGUUGUGCUACUCACAAUGGCAAAGCGAAUGACAAGCCUUCUACCCCGAUUGAUCCUCAACAUCGACUUUGCUCUCGAAUGGGUCCAGAUCAAUGCUGGACAGGCCAUCUACCACCAAGAUGACGAGAGCGACGCGAUCUACAUCGUCUUGAAUGGGCGGCUCCGUGCAUUGCUGGAAAAGCCAAAUGGUGACAUGCGCGUUUCGGGAGAAUAUGGGCAGGGUGAAAGUAUUGGAGAACUGGAGGUAAUGACCGAGUCUCGACGAAGCGCCACCUUGCACGCAAUACGGGAUACCGAAGUCGCCAAAUUUCCAAAAAGUCUCUUCAACAGUCUUGCCCUCGAACAUCCUGGUAUCACGAUCAAGAUAUCCAAGAUCAUUGCCAAUCGAAUGCGCACGCUCAUCGAAGACCCGCUUUUCGAGCAGACCAACGAGAAAACGAAUUCGAAGGGACAUAGAACUACAUCCUCCACAAUGAAUCUACGCACUAUAGCCGUACUUCCCGUCACUGCGGGGGUGCCCGUGGUCGAGUUCGGCAGUAGAUUACUGACAGCUCUGAGUCAAAUCGGUGUAGUGAAUGGUGUGACCUCUCUCAAUCAAGCUGCUAUAUUCAACCAUCUCGGUCGGCACGCCUUUUCAAAGAUGGGAAAGCUGAAGCUCUCACAGUAUCUCGCUGAUCUAGAAGAACGAUAUGGGAUGCUGCUUUAUGUUGCGGACACCAAUGUCAACUCUCCCUGGACUCAGACUUGCAUCAGCCAAGCGGACUGCAUCCUCCUAGUUGGUCUUGCAGAGGGCUCUCCGAGUAUUGGCGAAUACGAAAGGUUUCUUUUGGGCAUGAAGACUACUGCGAGAAAGGAAUUGGUUCUCUUGCAUGUCGAGAGAUACUCGCGCCCCGGGUUGACGCGCAAGUGGCUCCGUAAUCGCAUGUGGAUCAAUGGAGGUCACUAUCACAUACAAAUGGCUUUUCGUAUCAACUCGGAACCGGUGCACCCCCAAACAAGGCGCUUUGGCAUUACUCUGAAGCAAAGGGUCCAGGUAUUACAAGCCGAGAUUCAAAAGUACACGUCUAGGCGAAUCAGGCAGACACCGCUCUACUCUGCAGAGACCCCAUUCAAGGGCGACUUUCACCGACUUGCAAGGAGAUUAUGUGGCAAGUCUGUCGGACUUGUGCUAGGUGGAGGCGGCGCGCGUGGGAUUUCCCAGAUCGGGGUCAUUCGUGCUCUGGAAGAAGCCGGCAUCCCUGUCGACAUCAUAGGAGGAACCUCAAUCGGUGCAUUUAUUGGUGCCCUCUACGCUCGCGACGCUGACGUUGUGCCCAUGUACGGCCGCGCCAAGAAGUUCGCCGGCCGGAUGGGCAGUAUGUGGCGCUUUGCUCUCGAUCUCACCUAUCCCUCUGCCUCCUACACCACUGGCCAUGAAUUCAAUCGAGGCAUCUUCAAGACCUUUGGAAACUCCCAAAUGGAAGACUUCUGGCUCGAAUUCUAUUGCAACACUACCAAUAUAUCCAAGUCCCGCAUGGAGAUCCACAACUCAGGAUACGUCUGGCGCUACAUUCGCGCGUCCAUGUCCCUCGCCGGCCUAAUCCCUCCCCUCUGCGAUGAGGGCAGCAUGCUCCUCGACGGCGGCUACGUCGACAACCUCACGGUCGCACACAUGAAGUCCCUUGGUGCUAAUGUUGUCUUUGCUAUCGAUGUCGGCUCGCUUUACGACAACAUUCACCAAACCUUCGGCGAUAGUCUCUCCGGCGCCUGGGCGUUCUGGAAUCGAUGGAAUCCUUUCUCUACCUACCCGAACCCACCUACCCUGUCCGAGAUCCAGGCGAGGCUGGCAUACGUGAGCUCUGUGGAUGCGCUGGAAAGAGCAAAGAAUACACCCGGGGUUCUUUACAUGAGACCGCCGAUUGACCCAUAUGGAACGAUGGAUUUUGGGAAAUUUGAUGAGAUUUAUCAGGUUGGGUAUCGAUAUGGGCAGGAAUAUUUGGAGAAAUUGAGGGAGCAGGGGCUGUUGCCUGUUAUGGAGGAGACGGAGGAACGGAGGCAAUUGAGAAGGACUAUGGCGCCUAGGAGGGCUAGUGUGUAA